UCUACGGGACAUAUUUUGCGGUGGUACCUCUUCGGCGGUGCCACCCGCUAAAGUGUCCGACACUCAGUAAACAACAACUGUUAUGGAAGGUAGAGUCAUGCGAGGAAGGGGAGGUGGCUGGAGGAGAGGCGGCCGGGGUGGACACGACGGCGACGGCCAGAGCAGUGAGCACAGAGGCCGGGGGAGAGGCGGCCAACACCGCAGCAGAGGCAGGCGAGACCACCGGGGACGCGGACGCGGUGGAGGCUACCACGCCGCAGCAAACUUUCCCCAGGCGCACCAAGACGAGGGGGAGAACCUCGAAGAUGAAGACGACAGGACGGCGGUGUUCUCCAGAAGGACACUGGAGUCCAACUGGGACCGUUACGAGGCGUCGGAGAGGGUGGAGGAAGACGACGGCACGCCGACUCAGAGAGGAACCGACUUCCAUGUGCUGCUGGAGUCAGCGGGGGAUUCGUUCACUCAGUUCCGGUUUGCAGAAGAGAAGGACUGGGAGAUGGAUCCAUUCGCAGCCAAUCAGGUGUCAGUGGUGUCUCUGGACCUCCAGGCUCUCGCCCAGAGUCUCCAGCAAGUUCCUCUCCAUCGGAGACUGAAUCUAGAAGCUGAACUGGUUCAGGUCUCAGCACCAGUUGAGCUGCCAGCUGUGAGCCUCGCACCGAAACAGGAAGUACCCAAAUUUCCUCCUCCAUCCGCCGCCUUUAAAGGCCUCAGCGCCAGUCAGAAACCGGCGGUGGGUUUAAACUCCCGGGUUUCCUCUGUGGCUGUUAAGCCUGAGGAGGAGGAGGAGGAGGAGGAUGGUGAUGAAGAGCUGGAUGAGCUACUUGGUUUACAGAAAUCUGCCAGUUCAGACGAUGCAGGACAUCAGCUGAUCUGCAGUCCAACAGAGGAGAGACGGCCGCCAGAGGAAGAAUUAGAAGACGCUGCAUCAGAAGAAAAAGCUUUAGACGAGGAUGUUGCCCCUCCAAAGCCUGCGGAGGUCAAAGGGUCGAUGACUGAGGAGGACCUGGAGGACUGGCUGGACAGCAUGAUCUCCUGACCAUGAAGAAGAUUCUGGAGUUUCCCCCAGAAGCCGAGUGAAGCCUGAGGCGCUACGCUGCCAUCCAUCCAGCCGGCCGCCAUGUUUUUGAGCUCAAUGUUGACAGGAAAUUUGAAAAUAUCACAUUAUAGCUUUGCGUUAUUAGGAGACAGGAAAAUUGAUAUCUAAAGUCUUUAAAAAGGCAAUAAUUAAAAAAAAUGAACAAUGUGAACAAGCCUGGUGGCCCGCCAGGCUUAUAAAAGUCUGUUUCAGUUUCUCCAACUGCAUUAUUUUUUUUUUACAUAUUUUAUAAAUGGGGAACCAAAAACUCGUGAAUAAGACUGUAAUCAAAAAAUCUGAUGAAACAGUUAAAAUUUUAGGCUUUUUUUCCCCAAAAUAAUAAAAAAAAAUCUAAUAAACACAAAUUCAGCAGUUUUUUUUUUUUUUUAAAUAAAACAGUUCAACUUUCCUACACCUACACACUAUUGGCUGCCAUUUUGCACACCAGAAAAUCCAGGAGUCAUUAAUUUUCUUCAGACUCCCAAGAAACAAGGAAGACUGUAGAUGCUAGCUUUUGUUUCAGUGCCAAGAUGGCUUCCACUGUGUGGUUUAUUUGAGCUAUUAAAACACAAAGGUAGGAACAUUUUUAGAGGUGGUUUCAAGGUUUCACAUGAGUCUUACCUCCAUGUCCUCCUUCACCUGCUCCUGCUGGUCUCUCAGCUCCCCAAAGGCGUCGAUGAUCAAACCUGUGGCAGGUUGGGGAGUUCUGAACAGUCAGGAAGUACUUCUGGAUCUGCUCUGAUUGGGAGAAAAUAUUUACCCUGAAUGAUGGCCAGCAGGAUGACGAUGACGAAGAAGAAGAAGGUGAUGUCGAACAGGAUGCGGUAGAGUUCGUAGGGAUCUCCGGCCGGGUCCUCCAACUCGUCUCCGAUGCCGCCGCCGGCUCUCACGCCCACAUACAUGUGGAACAAGUAGCACUAAAGCCAAGGACAAAAUCAUUGAAACUUUCAUUAUUUUGUUGGAGACUGCUUUACAUUUAUGUCAUUAAUAAAUGCUGGAAACCGUCAAGGCCCUGAAGGAUAUUCUAAAGAAUUAAAAGCUUAAGAAACGUCCAUUAUGCUUCGUCUGGUAGUCGUGUCUUCAAGCCGCGAUCAAGGCCAAUAGGACCUGAUCGUCAUCGUUCAGAAUAAAAGCCAGAAGAAUCUCUUUCAGCUGCAAACAAAGCCAAGUUAUUUUCCAAUUUUGUGGCUUUGCUUUGUUCUAAACAAACGGAGGUCAGACGUACCGUCAUCAUGUCGUCACACUUCAUGUCGGGCUCAUCUUCGUCCUCGCUCUUAUUGUAGAACUUUCUGAAGAAGUUGAAGGCCACCACAGUGUAGAGGUAGACGACGACGGCCAGCAGGCCGACGGUCAGCACAAGCUGAAGGAGACACGUUUCCUUCCUUUAACUCCAGUCAAAGUUACAAAUAUUCUGAAAAACUACUUCACACGUUCAAGGCUGGACCUGUUUACGAACAGGAAGUUCACAAAAUUCAAUUAAGAUUAAAAAGAGAGAUCAGAUUUCUCCUGUUUCCCAUCAAAACCAGAAUACAAUUUAAGAUUCUCAAUUUGAUCCAAACACUGGCUCGGCCUACGAAGUCUUUUACCCACAAUUCAUUGCUGCAUGUGACAAAGUAUUGAACAUAAUAAACGCAUACUGUACAUUUAUAACUGCCCUCAGGAAGUUCCCAAUACUUGAAGACACUCCUGCUUCCAAACAAGAAGGCCGUUACUAAAUGUUGGCUCCAGCGAUGAGACACAUUACCCAUGAUGUUUUCAAUCCGUCUACAUAAGGAGGAAGGAGAGAAACUUUGGGAAACAUGGGAUUGUUUUAUAGCCAAAGACUGAACUUUAACUGGGCAUUUUUUCUCUUUCUGUUGCUUCUCUUAGCCCUCAUGUUUUGGUUCAUUUUUGCAUAAAAAUAAAGUUUAAAAAAGUAAAUAAAAAAUUAUUUUUGUUUCUUGUGAUGCAUGCAUAUGCUUCCUUUGUUUGUUUUUAAAAACGUGUUUGAAGAAAACUCUGUAUUUUAUCAUCCAUCCAAAUUAUGAAGUUAUUUUUUUUUCCAGUCACUAAUUUAUUGAAGCAACACAUGCAUCUGUGUUUGGGUAAAUUAACUUCAGUAAAGAGUUUGAGAUGUUCCACUGUAAAUGCUACGAAAAUGCCUAAUUUUCUUAGUUUUAACCUGGAUUAAUAAUAAAAGUAAAUCAUAUUUAAUCCCAUCCAGCUGCAUUGGUUUAGCGACAUUCUUGAUGCUCUACAAUCCAAUUACUUUAUUCUUUUUAAUCAUGUCAAUUUGUUCUUCAUCAAUGUUAAUUUCUGAGUAAAAUAUUUAAAACA